AUGAUUGAGAUAGGGGAAUCGUCAGGGAAGAAGAAAUCAUCGUGGGCAGAUGAAUCGGAGACUGAAGGAAGGGCCAACGCCUGGGACACUUAUGAUGUCAGACGCUUGAGGAAAUCGAAAAUGAAACUUGCUUUCAUACCACCAAAGGCAAUUGAUGGAAUAGUAGUCACCAAGAUUAAGCCUGAAAAAGUGCAGGAGGAAGCCAUCUACUGGAAAGCAUCGGUGGUAAUGUUCAAAGAUGAAAAAGGUGUCAUAUGGGAUCAAAGAGUCCACUUUGAAUGGGCUCCUGUCUGCUAUAAAUGUUGUGCUGGUUACGGUCAUGAGGCUAAACAUUGUAGGAAGCCAAAGGCAACAGAACAUGCUGAAACACAAAACGUGACUGGACCAAAACAGAAUGAAGAAAAGGAAUGGAGGAGUAUGGAGAAACUGAACAGAAGUGGACAGACUAAAAAGACAGAAGCAACUGGGGCACAGAAGGGGGAUGACCAAGCAGAUAGAGGGAAAAUUCGAGCUAAGGGCUUAAAUCCCCCUAUAAAGCAGAAAGAACUCAGUAGAGUCUUGGCUGCUAAUAAGAUAAAUAUAGCUGGUAUAGUAGAGACAAAGAUGACAGAGGAGAAGGUGAAAGUUUUGAUGAGCACAGUACUAAACCAAUGGAGAUAUGGACUAAAUAGGCAGUUCAUUCACUGCAAAGUUUAUCAAAAAGCAAGUGAGGAUGAGUUUUGCCGGACUGUACUUUACGCAGAAAAUGGAGAACAUGAGAGGAUGAAACUGUGGGAUCAGCUUAUAGACAUUAGCAAAACUGUGGACAAGGCAGGGAUAGUAGGUGGAGACUUCAAACGUCCUAAAACCAAUGGCUACUGUCUUGAAUUCUGGCAUUUGGAUCAUUCUUCUAUGAUGGUGAACGUGGAAUUGGAGCUGGCCAGGAAACUUAAACCUUUCAAAUACUUCAACAUGUGGAAGUAUGAUCCUACAUUUAUGGAAGUUGUGGAAAAUAGCUGGAUAGGAGAGGUUGAAGUUCAACAGUCCAAGGCCCAAGAAGAACUGAACCAGAUACAACAAGAACUCAGGUCAAGCCCUUUUGAUGGAGAACUCCACGGAAAAAAAAGAGGGGCAUACAAGAAAUGUGUGAUGGCCAGCAUUGCUGUUGAGAGUUUUAUGAGACAAAAGCUCAAGGAAGAUUGGAUUCUGGAGGGUGACCACAACAUUAAGUUCUUCCACUCAAAGCUCAAGAAGAGGAGAAUGAGAACUAGAAUCUUGUCAAUUAGGGAAGCUAAUGGGGAACCAGAUUUCUUCGGGAGGGAAAUUGCUUGGAAACAGGAAAGGGUCAUACACAAUCUCAGAGGGUUACAAGUGGCUGCGGGGAGAACAUAUGAGACUGGAUGCUGCAAACAUGAUUUGGUCCAGGUUAAACCUUCCGAAAACUCUCAUUUUAUGGCUUGGCUUAUUUGGCAGGGUAGAAUCUGGACCAAAGAUAGACUAGCACAGGUUAAUUUAACAAUUUCUGGUGAUAAAUGCUGUCUGUGUGGAAUGCAGAGUGAAAACGUUGAGCAUUUCUUCUUUGCUUGCCAGUUUUCUAGUGCACUCUUGGACAGGAUCAGGACCUGGUUGGGUAUCAAAACCCUAACAGUGCGACAGAAAAGAUGGAAGGUAGAACUGAAGACAAUUUGGAAGAGUACCAGGUUGCAGAAAAAGAUCUUAUAUGCAGCUAUGAUGGCAACAAUCUAUAGCAUUUGGGAAGAACGUAACCAUAGAAUCUUUAGAGCAAAACAGAGGCAGGUGGAGGAGAUCUUUCAAGGAAUCAGGAACUUGCUUAAAGUCAGAAUCCAGCAUUGUAAGAAAGGAAGAAGACAACCCAGGAAGAAAGCAUAA